AUGUCUGCAUCAACAGAAAAUCAAACACUCUCACCAUUACUUGAUACAAUCGAUAUUCUUAAUGAAACAAAUACAACAGAAAAACAAGUAUUUGUUGCACGUACUGAUGGAAUGUUAUUAUCCUAUUCAUUUCUUGUUCUUGCUGCACUUUUAUGUGUUUAUUUUGGUUCAUUUCGAUCGAUAAUACAUAAAGAUAAACAAAAAAAAUCUGGAGAAAAACCUGAUGUACUUACAGCUAAAGAUGGUAAUGAAAUUUAA